CAGUAGCAGCCGGGGUGUCAAUGUAUUGCGAGGGCUGAACCUGUGAUGCGUUGGGAAUUAAGUGCAACUAGUACAGGAAGCCCCUGUCACUUGCCGGCUGAGGGGAGGAGGAAGAUGCACACUUUUGCGCUUCAGUGAGUCGAGUCGCAGAUCAAGAGAGGGAAGGGAGAAGAGAGGGAAGGAGCACAGUCCCGGGGCCAGGACCAUGUUCAUGUCCAAGGCUGUCAGCCGGCUCAGCCGCAAGCGGCCGCCUUCAGAAAUACAUGAUAAUGAUGUGCGUGCCUGUUCUAGCCAGCCGAAUACAUCAGGAUUCUCAAAGUGGGCCAUUUCACUAGAAAAUCUCCUUGAAGAUCCAGAAGGAGUAAAGCUUUUCAGGAAUUUUCUAAAACGUGAAUUUAGUGAAGAAAAUGUUUUGUUCUGGUUAGAAUGUGAAGAAUUCAAGAAAAUUCAAGAUGAAAACCUGCUUCAUGGCAAGGCACAGCAGAUAUACAAGACCUACCUGUGCAGUAAGGCAGCAACGCAGGUGAAUGUGGAGGGACAGUCUCGUCUCACUGAGAACAUGCUUGCCCAUCCACACCCCUUCAUGUUUCAGAAACUGCAAGAGCAGAUAUUCACUCUCAUGAAGUACGACAGUUACAAUCGUUUCCUGAAAUCUGAUGUAUGCCAACAAAUCAAGCAGUUGGAAGAAAGAGCAAAGAACUCUUCAGAGACAGAUGAAUCUGUCCCAAAAAGGGCAUCCAGGAUCUAUAAUCGAUAGCGGGGGAUCUGGAGUAGCUUGAUGGCAACUGUGUGCUUUCUUUGCUUUAUUUGCUAAUGGAUCGUAACGAUGGCCAUUUGGCUUAAAGAUGACUGUGCUGAAGAAAAGGAUGCCUUUGCUCUGUUUCUGAUGGUGCUGACUGUUCUUAGCCAGAAUGCAUGUCAACGUAACUGCAGAACUGGAGCUGUUGACAAUGACAUUCACAGUUCAGCAUCAGGAUGGGUGAGCAGACAUUUCCCUCAACCCCUCUGAAGUGAAAAUCCACCUCUUGUGAUUUUAAUAUGCUGGCUACUAGGUUAUGUUUGCCACCUGUCUUACACUGCUAUUCUAAUCUAUUGCUGUAAUCCAUUUAAGCUUGAGUUUUACAAAUGAAGACAAUGAUUUCAGUCAUUGCUUUGGUCAACCACACGAUUUUGAAUUGAGAAUUGCUUUUUUAAAAAAAUUGUCAAAGAACAAGUGGUAAUUCACAACUGUACUGUUUGCAGUUUGCUCGUUUUCACCAAGGGGCCACCCAGUAGACUGUCAGCCAAACCCUUGAUGUGAAAUGUAAAUGCAUACACUACUGGUAUCUCUCUGUCUAAUGAUGUUUAGCUCUUCAAAUGGAAACAUGCCAUAACUUUAUUUCAAUACCUGUGAUAUGUAUGCAUUAUAAUAAGAUGUAUGCUGUUUUCAGUUUCAAUAUAAAAAAAAGCAUAGCCUUAAAACAAUGGGACUGGAGUAGGUUUAUGAUCGAACGAUUUACGUGAGAGUUGAGCUUUCCAACGAGUGCAGGCAAUAUUUCACUUUAAUCAAUGUAAAGAUUACAUUUAGUAUCCCUACAUGUCAAACCAAGUUGUUGUGAAGGACAAUGUUGUGAAGAACUUCUUCUUUUGUGUCCAACUUCCAUGUUUCAAAUGUUGACAUCGCUGUCAUCGUCCGUCCUGACAAGGACGCACCAUCGACAAUCAGUGGGAACCAUCACUUGUUGCAAUAGAUGAUGGUGGUAGCAGAAUUAGCUCGGGAUACUUCCAGUUUCCAGCCCCACGACGUGGACGCUUCUGUGGUGGGGCCUGUGAAGAACUGAAGUUCCUUGGAGAAAUCUGUUAAAGCUUCACUGAAGAAACAGGCCAAGCAAUUUAUUGUGAAUUCUGGGUGUCCACAUUCACAUGGUUAUUUUGCAACUUUUUCACACAUUUUUAAUAAUUCUCAUAAACGAGAACAGGAGAGACAGAGAAUGGUUUAUUCAGUCAUCUGUAAGCAAAUAAAGUGUAUCAGUGACCCAGUGA